AUGGGGUCUGAUACAAUUCGGUUCAUCAUCUUCAUGGUUUCUUUAUCGUUGUUAUCGUCGAUAGUCUGUGGCAGCUCGGUUAGAUAUGAUCCGAAGGAAUUGAACGCUUUGUUUCGAUAUUACGCGAAUCGGACAUUGUCGAAUCAUCGUCGUGCAGGUACAUUAAGCCAAGUUUCACUUCCUUCUAAUGUCUCUGGCAUGGAGGUUUCUGUUGUUAGACUACGUAGUAGUAAUUUAUGGGGCAGAGGUAUCGAUUCUAAAUAUGUUAAGAUCCCACCUAGUGUUAGGACAUUGCCGUACGUUAAAAGAUUAGCUAUAGUUUAUGAUAACCUGGGAAAUUGGUCUUCCAAAUAUUAUCACGUACCGGGGCAUUCGUUAGUCUCUCCGGUUAUUGGCUUCGAGGUUUACAAUUACACAGAUUUAAUGGUUGGAAAUUCGACAUUAAACGUCACCGGGGGGUCCAUUUCGAUUCGGUUUCCUUAUUUAAAGACAAAAGAGAAUAAUCUGACACGACUUAAAUGUGUUAGAUUUCGGAAUAACGGGUCGGUCGAGUUCAAAAAUGUGACGGAGAGAGAUGUUUGCGUGACAGAAAGUACAGGGCAUUUUUGUGCCGUGAUACCGUAUUCAUCUCCGCCUCCGCCUCUGCCUUUGUCACCAUCGAUGCCUGAAAAGAACAUGAGCAUUUGGAAAUGGUGGGUGAUAGAGUUUGCCCUUGGAGCCGUCGGGCUAGUGGUUUCGGUUUCGGUGGGAGUGACGGUGUUGAGAUGGUGGAGAAAGAGGAAGAUAAAAGAUACGGAGAAGGAAUCCGAUUCAUCAGUGGCAUUGGAUACGCUUUGGGUUAGGGAAGAUCAUAAAAUGCCUUGUGCAUCAAUGAUCAGAACACAGCCAGCACUUGAGCAUGAUUAUGCUCCUUGACCCUCGCAUUCUUUCCUGAAUUCUUAAUAUCUUCCCAUUGUU